AUGGACGACGAUAUGGAUGAUUAUUCUUCUUCUGAGAGAUCUUAUGGAUCAUCUUAUUAUUCAUACUAUCAUAGACAAUCCACACCUCCGACUCCGGUACGUGUACCACCUGUAACCAAUUAUGAUAUCAAGUUUGUAGAAGGAACAGGAUCGAGUAGAGGGAAAUGCAUAGACUUGGCUUUCAUUCUUGAUUGUACUGGAUCAAUGCAGAAAUAUAUCAAUUCAGUUAGGGAUCAUAUAACUGGAAUAUGCGAUAUGAUCAGAGGUGAAGAAGGUCUGAAUGGUCCUGAGGAUGUCAGAGUAGCUAUUGUGAAUUAUCGAGAUCAUCCACCUCAGGAUUCAACUUAUGUAUACAAAUUCAACCCGUUCACAUCGGAUAUACCCAAAGUGCAAGAAUACCUCAAAGGGCUAACAGCAUCUGGAGGUGGUGAUGGGCCCGAAGCUGUCACUGCUGGUAUGGCAGCUACGUUGACUGAAUUAGAAUGGAGAAGGGAAGCAGCCAAGAUGGUAGUCCUGGUAGCUGAUGCUCCUCCGCAUGGUAUUGGCGAAGGUGGUGAUCAAAUCAAAGGUGGUGAUCCAGAUGGUCAUGAUCCUCUUGUAAUCGCUCGAGCUAUGGCUCAAAACGGAAUUACCUUUUUUAUGGUCGCUUGUGAAGAUACGUUAUCAGGAUACAGCCAUGCUGUCGAUUUCUUCCAAGCCAUUUGUAAUAUGACAUCCGGCGUUAUGCUCCCUCUCACAACUGCCGAUUUACUUGCCACUACCAUUGUGGGAAGUGUACUAGAAAACCUGGACAUGGAAAGGCUGAUAGGGGAAAUCGGAGUGGAAGUCGCUCAACGUAUCAGGCAGAAAGGAGAAAGUAUGGAAUCAGUUGAAGAGGUCGCUCAAGAAUUGCAUGAACGCCUUCUGCUUCGAAACGAACAAACAAAACAGGUGUAUCUGCCGGAAGUAUAUGCUCCCCAUGAAAAUGCUAAAAAGAACGUAUCAACGUGGAUGAAUGCACAAUACAUUGCAGAUGCUGUGCCUGAUAUACUAAAUGUUCCUGGAAAGGGGUUAACGGAGAAAUUCCGAAGACAAAACUAUUCAGCUGGAUUUGGAUACGUUCCAGGAGGCAGGUUACCUCCACGAAGAAUAUCAUCUGCGACUCCAUCUGUACCACUGGAUGUACCACCUACACCUUCAUCUCCCGGAUCUUCACUCUCCAAAUCACCUCCCACAGCUAUUAGUCCCUCAAGAAGGAUAGUCAGUGAUUUCAAACCAUUCGGAGCGGCCUCAUCGCCUGGCACAACAGGAUCUCCAAGUGGUCUGAGUGUGUUUGGUGCACCCAUGUUAGCUACUGGACCAGGAGGUGGAAUGUUCGGUAAUGCAGGAAAAACUCCUCUGGUUAAUGGUGGAAUGAGAGGUGGUAACGAUGAUAAUGAUGAUGAAGAUGACGAUGACGAAUCUGGUACAAGACUGAAAAGGGAUAAUAUCUCUCUUGAUCAAGCUAGAAGAAUCGCUACUCAAGCUGUCUUCAGAGCAGGUCGAUUCUAA